AUGGCAACAUUGGCAACAUUGAAAAUUGCUGGCUUUGAAGGCCGACAAAUUACAGUUCCGACUGGACUGUUCAUCAACAAUGAAUUUGUACCUUCAUCCACAGGCCAAAUACUUGUAGUAGAGAACCCAUCAACGGGGGAUAAACUUGGAACAAUCUCUGCUGCAAGUCCUCAGGAUAUCGACAUCGCAGUUGCAUGUGCCAAGGCCAGUUUCAGCGCGUGGAGGGCAGUUCCUGGUCAUGUCAAGGCCCAGUGUCUUCUUAAACUGGCAGACUUGAUCGAACGUGAUGCCCAGGAUCUUGCAUCUCUGGAGGCGGUCGAUGCAGGUAUUCUAUAUACUGAUUCGAUCGGGAUGAACAUUCCUCAGGCGAUCGGCUGCCUCCGAUACUACGCGGGUUGGGCAGACAAGAUUGAUGGAAAAACACUCGAACUAGACGGCGGAAUUGCUUACACGUACCGUGAGCCUUUGGGUGUGUGUGGCGCCAUUGUGCCGUGGAAUGCUCCGCUGAUGAUUACUAUCUGGAAACUGGCUCCUGCCUUGGUGACUGGUAAUGUUUUAAUCAUCAAGUCAUCCGAGCUGUCUCCGCUCUAUGCCUUGAAGCUUGCAGAACUGGUGAAGGAAGCCGGUAUCCCUCCCGGUGUUGUCAACGUUGUCACUGGCGAAGGCGCCAUUGCUGGCCAGGCACUUUCGGAGCAUAUGGAGGUACGCAAAAUCGCCUUUACCGGUAGUACUCUCGCAGGACGUAAAAUUAUGCAAACGGCAUCCCGAACCAACCUGAAGAAAGUUAGUCUGGAACUCGGUGGCAAGGGUCCAUCAAUUGUCUUUGAUGACUGUGAUCUAGAGAAUGCAUUGCUUUGGACUCGAAUUGGAAUCACAGCGAACAACGGACAGAUCUGUGCCGCCGGUUCACGCAUCUACGUGCAGGCUUCAAUUUAUGACCGGUUCAUCGAGGCCUACAGGCAAGCCGCCGCCAAUGCCCCGGUCGUUGCUGGCAAUCCCUUGGAUUCUUCAACUACCAAGGGCCCUGUGGUCAGCAACACCCAGCAUCAAAAGAUUCUUGACUUCAUCCGUCAAGGCAACGAGUCAGGAGCUAAGCUUCUAUUUGGUGGUGGUCGAAUUGGCGACAAGGGAUAUUUCGUAGAGAACACUGCAUUUGCGGACGUUGGCGACAAUGCUACAAUCAUGCGGGAAGAGAUCUUCGGACCUGUCGCGAGCAUCGCCAAAUUCGACACCGAAGAUGAAGUUAUCUACAAGGCCAAUGACUCCCACCACGGACUCAGUGCUGCCAUCUUUACCAAUGAUAUCAGUCGUGCGCAUCGCGUCACAAGGGCAAUCGAGUCAGGUCAGGUUACUGUUAACGCUUGGGCAAUGCUGAGUCCCAAUGUACCAUUUGGCGGAGUCAAAGAAAGCGGAUUUGGUCGAGAUAUGGGCGAGGAAGCCUUGGAAAGUUGGACUGCAGUAAAGGCUAUCAAGUACCACAUUCUUCCAAAGCUUUGA